AUGAGGAAGGAGUAUGAUGUGAAUUUAAGUUAUGACAAAGCUUGGCGGUCCAGUGAAGAAGCACUUCGACUUAUUAGAGGGGAUCCAGCAUCGUCAUACGGUCUACUACCAGCUUAUGGUGAAGCAUUAAAAAUCAUGAACCCAGGUACUAUUUUCGAAUUGGAACUGAAAGAUGGAAAAUAUUUCAAAUAUGUCUUUAUGGCAUUGGGUCAAUCGAUUAGAGGGUUUCUGGCUUGUAUUCGACAAGUGUUGGUUGUCGACGGGGCCCACCUAAAAGGGAAGUUCAGAAGGGUAUUGUUAACAGCUUCUGGUGCGGAUGCGAAUAACCAAAUUUACCCUGUUGCAUUUGCUAUUGUCGACGGUGAGACUGUAGCAUCAUGGUUAAGGUUUAUGACUCAAUUAAAAGGUGCGCUCGGCGUAGUGAACAAUUUGGUUUUCGUUUCCGAUAGACAUCACACCAUUUGUAAGGCAAUUGACAAGGUAUUUCCCACUGCAUUUCAUUGCUUUUGUAUACAACAUAUUAAGAUGAACUUGUUAGCAAAAUUUAAAGUCGAUGCAAAGGCACUCGAGGAACUAUUUCUAAAAGCUGCGAAAGCAUAUCGAGAGUCUUAUUUCAACUCAAUCUGGACUCAACUUGGUGCGUACCCUAGUGUGAGGGAGUAUCUGGAUGACAUUGGAAAAGAGCGUUGGGCUCGUUGUUUCCAAAUAGAAUUGAGGUACACACAGAUGACCAGUAAUAAUGCGGAGUCCGUGAAUGCCCUCUUUAGACACGCGCAUAGGUUGCCAGUAACUGCGUUAUUGGACCAUAUCAGAGGUCUGUUACAGAUUUGGUUCUACGAUCAGCGGACGCUUGCCUCUUCCCGAUCAACCACAUUGUCCGACUACGCAGAAAAUAAGCUUGCUGAAUAA